CGAAGCCAUGAUGCAAGGCGUGUAUCCGGGCUACUACUACCUAUUGGCCGAACCAAACGUGUGCUAUUCGGGUCUCUUCGGGAGUCCCGUCCAGUAUCACGAACCGAUGAUCCCCGUCCUGUAUCGGUACCAAUGCCAGUGCCAGUACCACGACCCGAUGAUCGACAAUGCCAUAUUUGGGUCCGACGAGUUCCGGAUGUACGGUUACAAGGUGAAGCGUUGCCCUCGCAUGCGAGCCCACGACUGGACUGAGUGCCCCUACGCUCAUCGCGGCGAGAAGGCCCAGCGCCGUGACCCCCGCAAAUACGCCUACGUGGCGAUUGUUUGCCCCGCAUUUCGCAGAACCGGUCACUGCCGCAAGGGCGACAGUUGCGAAUUUGCCCACGGAGUGUUCGAGUAUUGGCUCCACCCGGCCAAGUACCGUACCAGUGCAUGCAAUAUUCUCAUCAACGGGUACUGCCCGCGCAAGGUGUGCUUCUUCGCUCACUCGCCCGACCAGCUCCGCCCGGAACACAAGUAUUCCGCCCAGAAAUACUUUAUUGCUUAUCAGCAAGCAGGUUAUUAUCCUCCCAACCAGUACUAACAGUAACAAGACAACUACGACCACGUGUACCGUGCGUCCCCAAGGACCCCGAAGGCCAACCUUGGAGGAGGAGGCGUGGAAGUGAAAGCACCGUUGACCGUUGAGGAAAAUCAGACUAUGAUGAACAACAAGAAGAUCGUUGACGAGUCUCGCUUGAAGGUGGAGGAAUUCCUGAACAAUUUGAGGGCGUUGAGGCUGAGUGACUAUGAGAUGGAGUAUGACCAAGGUGAAAUCGAUGCUGCUUGUGGGAUGAAAAGUUAUGGUGGUGGAGAGGCGUCGGUGUCGGAGAUGCCUCAGUUCGACUGGAUUACCGAGCUGCUGCAGUAAAUCUCUCGAGCUUACUUGAGCGGGAGAGUCCAAAAAUGUCAAUCAAGUGUGUAGAUUUGAUGAUGAAGAGAUAUUGUGGGGUUAAUUGGUGUUGAUGAAUUGUGUGGCGUUCUGCAUGUGCAAAAGAAUGGUUUCCUCCAUUUAGUUUAAUGCAGGUAUCUAGAGAGAUUGCCUAACUAGUAAUAAGGAGGAAAUAUCUUUGUAAUGUAAGAGAUUAUGUUGUAAUUUUCUGUUUUAGUGUCAGUUAAUGUACUACCUACAUUAAUCGGUGGUACUUAAGUGUGUAAAAUAUUAUGUGUAAUGAAAUGUUAAU